AUGGCUGAGAUACUAAAACCGAAAAACACCAAUCCUAGGGGAAUCCCAGAGGCACCUUUCAUUGAACUGGUGGAUGCUAUAAUCAGAGACCCUGAAAAUGAAUUUCAACCAGUAAUGUCUCAAUUUCAACAACGUUUACAGCAAUACAAGUAUAUGGAGUUAUCUAAGCAACAGCAAUUAGCUGAUGUUAACCUAAAAAUCCCCGAUAUCGAAAAGAACUUGGAAGUUAUAAACUACAUAAAGGCAUGUAAAGCAAUUGAGGAUGAAGAUGAAGAGGAUGCGGAUGAAGAAUUGACAUUCAGCUACGAACUCAAUGACACGUUGUACAGUAAAGCUACAGUAGAUGUUAAGAAGAUGGAGUCGGUUUAUUUGUGGUUGGGGGCUGAGGUCAUGCUUGAAUACCCAUUGGAUGAAGCUGUUGAGCUCUUGAGCGAGCGUUUGAGCAAAAAUCAAGAGCAAAAGGCGGUUGUCGAAGAGGAUCUAGAAUUUCUUAGAGAAAACAUCACCACCAUGGAAGUCAACACGGCCAGGUUGUACAACUGGGAUGUGGAAAGAAGAAAAAAGGAGCAAUUAAAGAAAUAA